AGAGACCUCGGCUGGGCAGGGGCCGGCCGCGGCGGGCCGGGGACUGCGCCUCUAGAGCCGCGAGUUCUCGCGAACUCGCCGCGGCGGACGCGGUCGGCACCUUUGGGCUCUGCGCCCUCCUCCGGGCUGGGCCCAGGUCCGGCCCCUCGCACUUGUCCCUACCUUUUCUGUCGAGUCCACCUCCCUCUUGAGCCGCCGCGACCCGGCGACGCGAAAAAGGAACUUCCCCCCCCUACCCCCUCGGGUGCUGGCCGAGCCCCCCAAGCCCACCCCAGGGAAGCGGGCCGGGGGCCCUGGGCCGCCGAAGAGCUUGCCGGAGUCUUCGCCGUUUCCUCGCCUGUAUCUUCGAAAGAAUUAAAAAUGGCCGAGAAUGUGGUGGAACCGGGGCCGCCUUCAGCCAAGCGGCCUAAACUCUCGUCUCCGGCCCUCUCGGCGUCGGCCAGCGACGGCACAGAUUUUGGCUCUCUGUUUGACUUGGAGCAUGAUUUACCAGAUGAAUUAAUCAACUCUACUGAAUUGGGACUUACCAAUGGUGGUGAUAUUAGUCAGCUUCAGACAAGUCUUGGCAUGGUACAAGAUGCAGCCUCUAAACAUAAACAGCUGUCAGAAUUGCUACGGUCUGGUAGUUCCCCUAACCUCAAUAUGGGGGUUGGUGGCCCAGGACAAGGCAUGGCCAGCCAGCCUCAACAGAACAGUCCUGGAUUGGGUUUGAUAAAUAGCAUGGUCAAAAGCCCAAUGGCACAGGCAGGCUUGACUUCUCCCAACAUGGGGAUGGGCACCAGUGGACCAAAUCAGGGUCCCACUCAGUCCACAACAGGUAUGAUGAACAGUCCAGUAAAUCAGCCUGCCAUGGGAAUGAACACAGGAAUGAAUGCUGGCAUGAAUCCUGGAAUGUUGGCUGCAGGCAAUGGACAGGGGAUGAUGCCUAAUCAAGUUAUGAACGGUUCAAUUGGAGCAGGCCGGGGGCGACCUAAUAUGCAGUACCCAAACCCAGGAAUGGGAAAUGCUGGCAAUUUAUUGACUGAGCCGCUGCAACAAGGCUCUCCCCAGAUGGGAGGACAAGCAGGAUUGAGAGGCCCUCAGCCUCUUAAGAUGGGAAUGAUGAGCAACCCUAAUCCUUAUGGUUCACCAUAUAGUCAGAAUUCUGGACAGCAGAUUGGAGCUGGUGGCCUUGGUCUCCAGAUUCAGACAAAGACUGUAUUACCAAAUAACUUGUCUCCAUUUGCAAUGGACAAAAAAGCAGUUCCUGGUGGAGGAAUGCCCAAUAUGGGCCAACAACAGGCCCCACAGGUCCAGCAGCCAGGCCUUGUGACUCCAGUGGCCCAAGGCAUGGGUUCUGGAGCACACACGGCUGAUCCGGAAAAGCGCAAGCUCAUCCAACAGCAGCUGGUUCUCCUUUUGCAUGCUCACAAGUGCCAGCGCCGGGAGCAGGCUAAUGGGGAAAUGAGGCCAUGCAACCUUCCCCAUUGUCGCACAAUGAAGAAUGUCCUCAACCACAUGACGCACUGCCAGUCAGGCAAGUCCUGCCAAGUGGCACAUUGUGCAUCUUCUCGACAAAUCAUUUCACACUGGAAGAAUUGUACAAGGCAUGACUGUCCUGUGUGUCUCCCUCUCAAAAAUGCUGGGGAUAAGAGAAACCAACAGUCAAUUUUGACUGGAGCAGCCGUUGGACUUGGAAAUGCUGGUUCUCUAGGGGUGGGUCAACAGUCUACACCCAGCCUAAGCACUGUCAGUCAGAUAGAUCCUAGCUCCAUAGAACGAGCCUAUGCUGCUCUUGGACUACCCUAUCAAGUCAAUCAAAUGCCGGCACAACCCCAGGUGCAAGCAAAGAGCCAGCAGAAUCAGCAGUCUGGGCAGUCUCCCCAAGGCAUGCGCACCAUGAGCAACAUGAGUGCUAGUCCCAUGGGAGUAAAUGGAGGUGUGGGGGUUCAAACACCCAACCUUCUUCCUGACUCGAUGUUGCAUCCAGCCAUAAAUUCUCAAAACCCAAUGAUGAAUGAAAAUGCCAGUGUGACCUCUCUGGGUCCUAUGCCAACAGCAACUCAGCCAUCCAGUACUGGGAUUCGGAAACAGUGGCAUGAAGAUAUUACUCAGGAUCUUCGAAAUCAUCUUGUUCACAAACUUGUCCAAGCCAUAUUUCCUACUCCGGAUCCUGCUGCUUUAAAAGACAGACGGAUGGAAAACCUAGUUGCAUAUGCCCGGAAAGUAGAAGGGGACAUGUAUGAAUCUGCAAAUAAUCGGGCAGAAUACUAUCACCUAUUAGCUGAAAAGAUCUAUAAGAUCCAGAAAGAAUUAGAAGAAAAACGAAGAACUAGACUACAGAAACAGAGCAUGCUACCAAAUGCUGCAGGCAUGGUACCCGUUUCCAUGAAUCCAGGGCCCAACAUGGGACAGCCACAACCAGGAAUGUCUUCUAAUGGUCCUUUACCUGACCCAGCGAUGAUCCGUGGCAGUGUGCCAAACCAGAUGAUGCCCCGGAUCACUCCACAGCCUGGUUUGAAUCAAUUUGGCCAGAUGAGUAUGGCCCAGCCCCCAAUAGGCCCCAGACAAACCUCUCCCCUUCAGCACCAUGGACAGUUGGGACAGCCUGGAGCUCUCAAUCCGCCUAUGGGCUAUGGGCCUCGCAUGCAGCAGCCUUCAGGCCAGAGCCAAUUCCUUCCCCAGACAACCUUCUCAGCACAGGGAAUGAAUGUGACGAACAUGCCUUUGGGGCAGCCCAGUGGGCAAGCACCUGUGUCGCAAGCACAAAUGUCCAGUUCUUCCUGUCCAGUAAACUCCCCAAUAAUGCCCCCGGGAUCUCAAGGGAGCCACAUUCACUGCCCGCCUCUUUCGCAACCAACUCUGCAUCAAAAUUCACCCUCUCCUGUACCUAGUCGAACCCCGACCCCUCACCACACACCUCCAAGCAUAGGGGCUCAGCAGCCACCACCAGCAGCAGUUCCAGCUCCUGUUCCUACUCCUCCAGCCAUGCCACCUGUGCCACAGCCCCAGGCUCUCCAUCCCCCUCCACGCCAGACACCUACUCCACCUACCACGCAGCUUCCUCCCCAAGUGCAGCCUUCACUUCCUGCUGCUCCUUCAGCUGACCAGCCCCAGCAGCAGCCCCUCUCACAGCAGAGUACUGCCGCCUCUGCUUCCACCCCAACGGGAUCAUUGCAGCCUCUGCAGCCGACAACUCCACUCUCCCAGCCAGCUGUAAGCAUUGAGGGGCAGGUAUCCAACCCUCCAUCUACUGGUAGUACAGAAGUGAAUUCUCAGACCAUUCCUGAGAAGCAGCCUUCACAGGAAGUGAAAAUGGCAGUGGAUCAAUCAGAACCAGCAGAUGCCCAGCCAGAGGCUGUUCCGGAGACUAAAACAGAAGAGCGUAAAGUGGAACCUGCAGAAACUGAAGAGAGAGGUGCUGAAAUAAAAACCGAUGCAAAAGAGGAAGAAGACCAGCCAAGUACCUCAGCCACCCAGUCAUCUCCAGCACCUGGACAGUCCAAGAAGAAGAUUUUCAAACCAGAGGAGUUACGACAGGCACUGAUGCCUACAUUGGAGGCGCUUUACCGGCAGGAUCCAGAAUCCCUUCCCUUUCGUCAGCCUGUGGACCCUCAGCUUCUAGGAAUCCCUGAUUACUUUGAUAUUGUGAAGAGCCCCAUGGAUCUGUCUACCAUCAAGAGAAAGUUAGACACUGGACAGUAUCAAGAGCCCUGGCAAUAUGUGGAUGAUAUUUGGCUUAUGUUCAAUAAUGCUUGGUUGUAUAAUCGGAAGACAUCACGGGUAUACAAGUACUGCUCUAAGUUGUCUGAGGUCUUUGAACAAGAAAUUGACCCGGUCAUGCAAAGCCUUGGCUAUUGUUGUGGCAGAAAGUUGGAGUUCUCUCCACAGACACUCUGUUGCUAUGGCAAACAGUUAUGCACAAUUCCUCGUGAUGCCACUUACUACAGCUACCAGAACAGGUAUCAUUUCUGUGAGAAGUGUUUCAAUGAAAUCCAAGGGGAGAGCGUUUCUUUGGGGGAUGACCCUUCCCAGCCUCAAACUACAAUAAAUAAAGAACAGUUUUCCAAGAGAAAAAAUGACACACUGGAUCCUGAACUGUUUGUCGAAUGUACUGAGUGUGGUCGGAAGAUGCAUCAGAUUUGUGUCCUUCAUCAUGAGGUCAUCUGGCCAACUGGAUUUAUCUGUGAUGGCUGUUUAAAGAAAACUGGACGAACUAGAAAAGAAAACAAGUUUUCUGCUAAAAGGUUGCCAUCUACCCGGCUUGGCACCUUUCUGGAGAAUCGUGUGAAUGACUUUCUGAGGCGACAGAAUCACCCUGAGUCAGGAGAAGUCACUGUUCGAGUAGUUCAUGCUUCUGACAAAACUGUGGAAGUUAAGCCAGGCAUGAAAGCAAGGUUUGUAGAUAGUGGAGAGAUGGCUGAAUCCUUCCCAUAUCGAACCAAAGCCCUUUUUGCCUUUGAAGAAAUUGAUGGUGUUGACUUGUGCUUCUUUGGCAUGCACGUUCAAGAGUAUGGCUCCGACUGCCCUCCACCUAAUCAAAGGAGAGUGUACAUAUCUUACCUCGAUAGUGUUCAUUUCUUCCGUCCUAAAUGCUUAAGGACUGCAGUCUAUCAUGAAAUUCUAAUUGGAUAUUUAGAAUAUGUCAAGAAAUUAGGCUAUACAACUGGGCACAUUUGGGCGUGUCCACCAAGUGAAGGAGAUGACUAUAUCUUCCAUUGCCAUCCUCCUGACCAGAAGAUACCCAAACCCAAGCGACUGCAGGAGUGGUACAAAAAGAUGCUGGACAAGGCUGUGUCGGAGCGUAUUGUCCAUGAUUAUAAGGAUAUUUUUAAGCAAGCUACUGAAGAUCGAUUGACAAGUGCGAAGGAAUUGCCUUACUUUGAGGGUGACUUCUGGCCCAAUGUUCUGGAAGAGAGCAUUAAAGAACUGGAGCAGGAAGAGGAAGAGAGAAAGCGAGAAGAAAACACCAGCAAUGAAAGCACAGAUGUGACGAAGGGAGAUAGCAAAAAUGCCAAAAAGAAGAAUAAUAAGAAAACUAGCAAAAACAAGAGCAGUCUGAGUCGGGGCAACAAGAAAAAGCCUGGCAUGCCCAAUGUGUCUAACGACCUCUCACAGAAACUAUAUGCUACCAUGGAGAAGCACAAAGAGGUGUUUUUUGUGAUCCGUCUCAUCGCCGGCCCAGCAGCCAACUCCCUGCCUCCCAUCGUGGACCCUGACCCUCUCAUCCCCUGUGACUUGAUGGAUGGUCGUGAUGCUUUUCUCACCCUCGCAAGGGACAAGCACCUGGAGUUCUCUUCCCUGCGGAGAGCCCAGUGGUCCACCAUGUGCAUGCUGGUGGAGCUGCACACCCAGAGCCAGGACCGCUUUGUCUACACCUGCAAUGAGUGCAAGCACCACGUGGAGACGCGCUGGCACUGCACCGUGUGUGAGGAUUAUGACUUGUGUAUCACCUGCUACAACACUAAGAACCAUGACCACAAAAUGGAAAAACUAGGUCUCGGCUUAGAUGAUGAGAGCAGCAAUCAGCAGGCUGCAGCCACCCAGAGCCCUGGAGACUCACGCCGCCUGAGCAUCCAGCGCUGCAUCCAGUCUCUGGUCCAUGCCUGCCAGUGCCGCAACGCCAACUGCUCCCUGCCCUCAUGCCAGAAGAUGAAGCGGGUUGUGCAGCACACCAAGGGUUGCAAACGGAAAACCAAUGGUGGGUGCCCCAUUUGCAAGCAGCUCAUUGCCCUCUGCUGCUACCAUGCCAAGCACUGCCAGGAGAACAAGUGCCCUGUGCCGUUCUGCCUAAACAUCAAGCAAAAGCUCCGGCAGCAGCAGCUGCAGCACCGCCUCCAACAGGCCCAGAUGCUCCGCAGGAGGAUGGCCAGCAUGCAGCGGACUGGUGUGGUAGGCCAGCAACAGGGCCUGCCCUCUCCAACCCCCGCCACUCCAACCACCCCAACUGGCCAGCAGCCCACGACCCCACAAACCCCACAGCCCCAGCCCCCCACUCAGCCUCAGCCCACUCCUCCCAACAGCAUGCCUCCCUACUUGCCCAGGACUCAAGCUGCUGGCCCUGUUUCCCAGGGCAAGGCAGCAGGCCAGGUGACCCCUCCAGCGCUCCCUCAGACUGCUCAGCCCCCCCUCGCAGGACCCCCACCUGCAGCGGUGGAAAUGGCAAUGCAGAUUCAAAGGGCAGCCGAAACGCAGCGCCAGAUGGCCCAAGUGCAAAUUUUUCAAAGACCAAUCCAGCACCAGAUGCCCCAGAUGACUCCGAUGGCCUCCAUGCCUAUGAACCCACCUCCCAUGACUAGAGGCCCCAGUGGACACUUGGAGCCAGGGAUGGGGCCCACAGGGAUCCAGCAGCAGCCCCCCUGGGCCCAAGGAGGAUUGCCUCCACCCCAGCAGCUACAGUCUGGAAUUCCAAGGCCAGCCAUGAUGUCAGUGUCCCAACAUGGUCAGCCCUUAAACAUGGCUCCCCAACCAGGAUUGGGCCAGGUAGGGGUGAGCCCACUCAAACCAGGCACUGUGUCUCAACAAGCCUUACAAAACCUUUUGCGGACUCUCAGGUCUCCCAGCUCUCCCCUACAGCAGCAACAGGUGCUUAGUAUCCUUCACGCCAACCCCCAGCUGUUGGCUGCGUUCAUCAAGCAGCGGGCUGCCAAAUAUGCCAACUCAAAUCCACAACCUCUCCCUGGGCAGCCCGGCAUGCCCCAGGGCCAGCCAGGUCUGCAGCCACCUACUAUGCCAGGCCAGCAGGGGGUCCACUCCAACCCAGCCAUGCAGAACAUGAAUCCCAUGCAGGCAGGCGUCCAGAGGGCUGGCCUGCCCCAGCAGCAACCACAGCAGCAGCUGCAGCCCCCCAUGGGAGGAAUGAGCCCCCAGGCUCAGCAGAUGAACAUGAAUCAUAACACCAUGCCUUCGCAAUUCCGAGACAUCUUGAGACGACAGCAGAUGAUGCAGCAGCAGCAGCAGCAGCAGCAGGGAGCAGGGCCAGGCAUUGGUCCUGGAAUGGCCAACCAUAGUCAGUUCCAGCAACCCCAAGGAGUGGGCUAUCCCCAGCAGCAGCAACAGCAGCAACGGAUGCAGCAUCACAUGCAACAGAUGCAACAAGGGAAUAUGGGACAGAUGGGUCAGCUUCCCCAAGCUUUGGGUGCCGAGGCCGGAGCCAGCCUACAGGCCUAUCAGCAGCGACUCCUUCAGCAACAGAUGGGGUCCCCCGCUCAGCCCAAUCCCAUGAGCCCCCAACAGCAUAUGCUCCCCAACCAGGCCCAGUCCCCACACCUACAGGGCCAGCAGAUCCCUUCUUCUCUCUCCAAUCAAGUGCGUUCCCCCCAGCCUGUCCCUUCUCCACGGCCACAGUCCCAGCCCCCCCACUCCAGUCCUUCCCCACGGAUGCAGCCUCAGCCUUCUCCACACCACGUGUCCCCACAGACCAGCUCCCCACACCCUGGACUGGUAGCUGCCCAGGCCAACCCCAUGGAGCAAGGGCAUUUUGCCAGUCCGGACCAGAAUUCAAUGCUUUCUCAGCUCGCUAGCAAUCCAGGCAUGGCAAACCUCCACGGUGCAAGCGCCUCUGACCUGGGCCUGGGCCCCGAGAACUCAGACUUGAAUCCAAGCCUCUCACAGAGUACACUAGACAUACACUAG